UCUGACCCAAAAUUUUAAAGAAACUCUACUAGUUUCCUGUUCUUAAAUGAAGAUUUGUUCAGCUGUGAAGCCUGGUUAUAGUAUAAAAUGGCCUCAGAUCUUUUGAUGGCUGCUAUUCACAACAAAGACUUGCUGUCUGUCAAGAAAAUCUAUGAAAUGGAGACAAGAGAAGAUAAUCUGUUCUCACUGGACUCCAUCAACAGGGAAGAAUGGAUGACCCCUCUGUGCUUGGCUGCAAAACUUGGAAAUAAAGAGAUAGUGGAGUUUCUCCUGCAAGCUGGUGCCAAAGCAAAUAUUGCAUGCACCUGUGUUCACAGAAACAAAGCUGCUUUGCAUUUUGCUUGUGAGCACUGUCAUGCUGACUCGGCUCAAAUUGUGCAACUUCUGAUAAAUGCUGGUGCUAAUGUGGAGCAAGAAACUUUUGAUUUUGAGAAAGCAUUGCAUUUUGCAUGUGAAUUCAACAAUUUGCCAGUUGUGGAAUGUCUAGUGCUGAGUGCCGCUGAUGUUAACUGUGUGAAUUUAGAUGGCAAAUCACCUUUGUCUCUAGCUUGUUCAAGGAAAAAACACCCAAGAACGGGCUCCAGUGGAUUUGUGGGACGAAACCUGGUUCGAUUAUUGUCUAGAUCAGAAUGUGAAAUCAUACAGCUAAACAGACGAAGUAAACCCUCGCGAAAGAAACUGAGCAAGGAAAUCACUUGGAGUGAGGUAAAUGACAAUGGAUUUCCAGGUGAUCUAGAUGUCUUGGUUAACUGUUGUGGAUACAACAUUCUGAAUCCAUUGAAGAGGUUUAAUGCUGAUUAUAAAGAGCAAGUGGAGUCUAGUCGUAUAGAGACCUCUAAGAUACUAUCUCAGUAUUGUGAUACGACCCCUCACACACCAAAAGCUUUCAUCAGCAUGUCAGGAGUAGCCAUAUAUAAGCCUGACCCAGUAAAAGAGUACACAGAAGAUUCCCCCGUACAGCCGUAUGAUUACAUGUCAAACCUUGUCAAAGACUGGGAGUUGGCCGCCAAAAUUCACUCAGACACUGAGAAAAAAUGUCGACAGGUCAUCUUACGAUCAGGAGUGGUACUAGGUCGAGAUGGCGGCUUGAUACAGAACCAGUACUGGCAGUUUUACUUUGGAUUAGGGGGCCCCAUCGGUAAAGGAACACAAUGGUUACCCUGGAUACAUGUGGAAGAUCUUGCUAGUUUAAUUCAUUUCUCUAUUUUCAAUGAUCAUGUUCGGGGUGUAUUAAAUGCUGUGGCCCCUGAUGCUGUCACAAAUGAACAAUUUUCGAAGGCUUUUGGCGCUGCCUUGGGACGCCCAGCAAUUUUACCCACACCAGGUUUUGUGAUGAACCUUGUUUUCGGAAGUGAACGCUCUGUAGUAAUUUUGGAAGGACAAAAAGUUAUUCCCAAAAGAACACUAGACAUGGGUUUUCAAUUUAGGUAUCCAAAGGUACAAGAUGCUUUGCGCCAGUGUGUUGGAUGAGUAUUUUUUAAUUCCAGUUAAUGUAUUUUCAGGACAUUAUUUACGACUGAUAUUAUUGUUCUUUGUUCUUAGGACUAUUGUUUUCCUGCUUUUCUAGAAAAUAAAGUUUAAGUUAAGCAAAA